AUCUCGACUCUAUCCCACCUCCUCAGACCCGCGAGUGAUAAUCUCAAAAAUAACCGACAGCCAACAAGUGAACGAAAGCCGAUAAACCUGGCCGACGAUAACACCGCUUGUCUGAUUGUUAUUACCGUAACGGAAGCCCGCAUUUCGAAUGUCAACAAACACACGCAGUCUUGAUUUCCUCCACGCUGCGCGGUCCCUAUACAACGAGGAAAAGUUAGGUUAACUGCGUAUCGUGCUGUAACACGUCCUCUCUCGAAGCAAGGAUCCCGAAAUAACGCGGUGGUAGAAAGUUUUGCGCGGUUUCUGAAAAGGACAAUUGUGUUUAAAAAGAUAAUAGUGCAUCAUUUUAUUCUCUCGAGUGAAAGAAACGUGUGUUAGAGUUAAGUGAACUCGCGGAGAAUGCCCGCUCUGUAUAACAGGGAUAUUCCGUACUGUGAUGACUUUUAUGAGUUCGACUACAUCAAAUAUCCCACCGAAGUGAAAACUGUGACUUUCAAGUUUUUAGUCAUCGGGGACUAUGGCGUUGGAAAAACAGCAAUUGUUAGGAGAUAUGCUGAAGGCAGAUUUUGUUCAAAUUAUAAGGUGACGAUUGGAGCCGACUUUGCUGUCAAAUCUGUAAUGCGAGAUAAGGAUGUCAAAGUCAACUUACAACUCUGGGACAUAGCUGGCCAGGAGAGGUACGGCUUCAUGACAAGGGUUUACUACAAACACGCCAUCGGUGCGGUUGUGGUUUUCGAUGUUUCGAGGAUGGGCACUUUCAAAACCGUUGUCAAAUGGCUAACAGAUCUGCGGGAGAAGGUAGCGUUGUAUGACGGAAGCCCGGUGCCGGUGGUGUUGCUAGCCAACAAAUGUGACAUUGCUGGCGCUGCCAUCCCGACAGAGACCAUCAAGAAAUUCUGCCGCGAUCACGGCAUUGAGAAGUGGUUCCCCACAUCUGCCAAAGAAGAUAUUAAUAUUGACGAGGCCAUGGACUAUCUGAUCGAUCGAGCCCUCGAUGUGAACCACCAAGAAACGAAAUGCUGUGACACGGUCCUGCUCCAAGGCAAAUCCAAGUCUUCCAAGAGAUGUUGCUUUAGAUGAUCUGACUACGAAUCUUACUUUUAUCUAUGAAGGAUUUUUAAAGAUUUUGACGCGUCACCUACUCAAGUGGUGAGGAAUUUAGAGAUGUUUUUACUGGAUCAACGUGCAUUCAAGGUUCACGAGUAAGGAACUGAGUGAACCGUAGUUUUAACUGUACUAUUUUCAUGAUUAUUCACUCCGAUAUUAUUCCUUUUAAUGAUUGUUUUAAUUUUUUCUCAGCAAUUCUGAUAUUUGAAAUACGAGUAGCAGAUUUUAUUUAAAAAUACCAUGUAAGCUGUGAUCUUUAUAAAGAGAAACUAUUUCUUAAUAUAUAUUUACAUUUUUAAUUCUUUGUUAUAAGAUGACAACUUGAUACUUUUUAUUCAUCAUAUGUUUUAUUGUUUUGUUGUAUUUUUAAUGAGAGAAAGGAAAUGCUUUCUCCCGAUUUAAGACAAAAAGCAAUUUGAUACCUAGAAUUAUGUUUUUUUUUCACUUUUUAAGAACAAAUAAAAAUGAAUGAACGUUUCUUAACCAAGAGUAUGUUGAAAUGUUAAAAUUUUAAAUCAGAAUUUUAUAAAAAACUUGUUUUACCACACAUUUUUAUAUUUAAAUAAGUUGUACAGAAAGUCAUAGAGACCGUGUAAAUUGCAUUCGGCAUGUAUCUAUUAUUUAUUAAGUCUUUUAACCGUUAUACAAAGAUUAUUUAUAAGAUAAAACGACACUCCUUCUUUGAAGAAAUAAAACAUAGCGCAUUUUUCUAGAA